AAUCUUCCAAAUUUAGUCCUCAAAAGGGAACUUCUAUCUAAAUUUUUUUCUAAAAUUGGCAUCGCAAUUUGGGACUCCGUCCAUUGGUUCCCGUGCCUUUUUUUUAUUCCGUUUUUUUUAUUUUCCAAUUUUACCAAAUCCACUUUUCGAUCCUAACAAUUUCGAAUUCCGUCUUCCACACCGUCAAUUUCAAUCCGCCAAAAGAACAAUUAUUUCUUCCUUUAAUUCGAUCCGUUCUGUAAUUUUUCGAAGUUUUUCUUUAUUCCGAUCCAUCGGAAUUUAAUGGGCGGCGGUCGGGGGCUGCAGGGGGAGCAACUCCGGCAGCUGCGCAGCAUCUUCGACCGCUUCGACAUGGACGGAGACGGCAGCCUCACCCACCUGGAGCUCGCCGCCCUGCUCCGCUCCCUCGGCCUGAAGCCCUCCGGCGACCAGAUCCACGCGCUGCUGGAGGGGAUGGACGCGAACGGCAACGGCGCGGUGGAGUUCGAGGAGCUCGCCGGCGCCAUCGCGCCCAUCAUGACCGAGCAAGCGCUGCUCAACCAGCAGCAACUCCUCGCCGUCUUCCAUGCCUUCGACCGCGACGGCAACGGCUACAUCUCCGCCGCCGAGCUGGCCCGGUCCAUGGCCUGCAUGGGCCAGCCCCUCACCUUCAGCGAGCUCAACGACAUGAUGCGCCAGGCCGACACCGACGGCGACGGCGUCAUAAGCUUCUCCGAGUUCGCCGCCGUCAUGGCCAAGUCCGCCGUCGAGUUCCUCGGCCUCACCGCCGUCUCGUAGCGCAAUCAAAUAAUCAACGUCCUUAACGAUACCUUCGUCGUUAAUUACUUAAUUAAUGGAUGUUGGGGACGACGAUUUAGAGUUAAUUCGGGUAUAAAUAAUGGUGCCUGGUGGGUUCGUUUGUGUGUAUUUCGACUUCAAAUGUUUACGUGUAAAUUAAUUAAUUCUAUUAUAUUCCCUUCUCCUCUGUGCUAGCUACUCUCUGUUUAGAUUUCAGAUGAACUAAUUA